CUUUGAGAAAAGGCAAGUUUGAAGGCAGGCGGGCGAAUGGUGCCUUCUCCGAUGACACACCAAGCUGCAGACACUGAACUUCAAAGCACGAAGGACUUCAAACUUAUUUGUGGCUGAAUUCGGAGGAGACGGGGUCUGCCCACGGUGCUAUUCUCUGAACGACGGAAGGACAAACCAAAAACCUUUGUAGUCAUUUUUCAAACGGACUAUACUGCUGCAGGCUGUAGGUUAUACGACAUUUCUAAGCAGCUUAGGUAGUUGCAAGGUAAUUAGUGUCACAUCGUAUGCUAAUCGUUUCUUCUGUUGCCCGGCUGAUAAGUGUUCACUUUGGAAACACCUGGGCAAGGACGCAACUAAGUUGGUGUGGCGGAUAUUCAACGCGCCUACGUUUCUUUAAAUGCUCCUUGCAAACGGAUCUAUAACCUAGGCUACUCGAUUUAAGCUGCUCUUAAAAGCGAUGGUGGGUAGACUGAAUCUACAAAAUGUGUCUGACGAUGAUCCUUUGGACAUGAACUUCAAGGCUGAGCGGGCACUUGACAGUCCGGACUCCGGACUGCCUCCAAGUCCCAGUCCAAGUCCCUGGUUGUUGCCUGUCGGCAGCGAGAGAGUGUCCGGGAGUUUGACUUCAGAAGACGAGGGCAAAGGGUCAUCAGCGACUUGCGUUAAAAACUUCAAGUGUAGGCCUAUUCCACAACGGUGCCCGUUAUCCUAUGGAGAAGGAAUUGAACUUGACCCACUGCCAUCAAAAGAAAUAAGAUACACAUCAUCGGUGCGCUAUGACUCGGAGCGCCACUUCAUCCACGACGUCUCUAUGCAGCCCUCGGGUCACGGGCUGGACCAGUGCAGCCAGACUGUCUUCGCACUGCCCAACUGUACCUGGCGGCGCUACAAGACCGAGGUGGAGCUUCAGCCCAGGCAGCGGGUGCAGCGCUACCAGAGCACCACCAUAGUGUACCCCAAACACGCCCGCACCAUCUACACCACCCAGCUGAACUACGACGAGAGGAGGCUGGCCAAGCGCUUCCUCUCCAGCGUGGAGCUGGAGCCGUCCGACAGCAGGGCUCCUCAGUGAGCCAAUCUGAGACCGGAGAGAGCCUGGCGUGUCUCCAAAGAAGAAAGGGUGCCCCAGAUCUCUAGGUAGUCAGUUACCUGUUUGUCUCCUCCUUGGGAUCUUAAGUAGUCUUAAAUGAGGAGUCCCAUACCAAGAUGACCUGAAGCACAGAGCUGCCCACAUUUUGAACUUUGCCAUUUGGCAUUUUGACAAUUUUAGCAAAAGAGUUUCUCUUAGAAGUUGAAGAGUGACUGAAGAGGUCUUGAGUUAAGAUGAAUGGGGGGGAAUGAAAUCGAUGAUGCAGACUUUUCUGCAUUUUAAAGACGUGAUGUUGCAAAGGUUUCAUGUUGUACAGCAAUUGAAGACUAACCGUGGUCACUGCACACAUCAGAGGUUGAUUUUGCAAGAGCAUCGGCUUCAUCUCUCUCUCUCCGUUCAGUCAUUUGCAGUAGCUGAUUGAAAUACUCAUCAUUUCACCUGGUCUGCUCUCACCUUAUCAAUAUAUAAACUAGUGGAGGCUCCAUUGUCCUGUGUGGCCUAUCACUUAUUUGGGGCAUCUACAGUCAUAGAUUCAUAGGUGGAUAGAUUUGAGGUUAAAAUGAUUACAGGGUAUUAUUGGGUUUUUUUGCACACUCACACUGGUAUUGAGAAUAUUGUUUCUGUGUGCGGAUGGUAAGGGCUACAGGCAAACCCUUACAGUCUAGAACAGACCUACUCUGCAGUUGUACUACUGUAACUAUUGAUUUGGAUGCAUCAAAGCCACUGCUUUUCCAUUUUUUUUUCACUCAUAGGCUGCGUAGUGUAGCAGACUGCCAGUGGUGGUGCAAUUGUGAAGUUAUGCUGAAGUCGUUGUGAAAGAGGUUGUUACACGUUUUAAACAAGUUAAGUUGAAGAUUUUAGAUUUGCCAUUUGCAUUGUGCUUAACUGUUUUAACUAAUUGGUAAAUCAAUAUGUUUGCAGUAGGCCAUUCACUCUGUGCCCACUCUAGUGUUGUGCUUUUGUAUUUAUUUGUGCUGUUCGUCAACACCACUCUUUCAGAUACCUAUACACUGAUGUCUAUUGGGCAAACCCACUGUUUAAAAUGUUCCCACAGGAAUUCAGAUGUUCAAUUUGUCAGAGGCACAGUUCUAUAUUUUGUCCUUAAUGUAAAUACAUGUCCUUUCAAUUGUCUGUCAAAAAUAAAGCCUUUUUUUCAAGAA